AUGUCUGUGGAGAAGAGCUUCUCGGCGGCUGAGAUUCCCGAUGAGGAAGCGACAGAGAAAGACCAACCUCUCGACCGAUUAAUCCCGGAAGCUGAAGAGGAUCUAGAGAAGAGGGUCGAGAAGAAAGACGAAGGAGAAGGAGUAGACGGCGAGGAAGUCGAAGAAGGAGUGAAACCCGACGAAGCGGAAGACGAAGAAGAGGCAGAAGCGCAAGCAGAUGAAGAGGAAAAGGAAGAUGGUGAUGAAGAUGCAGAGGAAGAGGAAGAAGAAGACGAAGAAAAAGUAGAAGCCGAAGCAGAUGAAGAGGAAGAGGAAGAGGAAGAAGAAGAAGAAGAAGAUUCUAAGGAGAGAAGUCCAUCUUCGACACCAGGAGACCAAUCAGAACUAAUGGACAUUGAUCUAAGUGAAAUCCGUAAAGACGUGCAGUGUCCCAUAUGCCUUGGGAUUAUAAAGAAAACAAGGACUGUGAUGGAAUGCCUCCACCGAUUCUGCCGGGAGUGUAUUGAUAAGUCAAUGAGAUUGGGGAACAAUGAGUGUCCUGCUUGCAGGAAGCAUUGUGCAAGCCGGCGUUCUCUGAGAGACGACCCGACAUUUGAUGCUCUCAUUGCAGCUUUAUUCCCAAACAUUGAUAGUUAUGAGGAAGAGGAGCUGGCUUUUCAUGAAGAUGAGAUGGCUCGUAAUAAGCAGAUUCAGGCAUCUAUAGCUGAGAUAUCACAGAGACAAUCUGAGGCUCUUGUGAAGAGAAAGUCUUUUGGGAAAGAGGCAGCAGUCUUGAUGAGAUCACAGCGUCUUGCUAGUGGUUCAAGAAGGAGAAGGAACUCCAGAAACCUGGAACAAGAAGAAGCUCAUGACGAUGAUAACAAUGAUGAUGAUAACAACAACGGAGGAGGCAAAGAUUCGUCUUCAGAUGAGCGUGGCACAGAAGUCAGGCAGAGAAAACGAAGAAAACGAUCUACAAGCCGUUCAACGCAACACCCUUCUUCUUCAGGUGCAAACAACAACGGCAACUGCGCGGAUAACGACACAGAAGCGGUUAGAGACAACAGCAGAGGAGGCACUCCAGGGCUUGUGUGGAAUCCGGAGAUACUUGCUUGGGGGAGAGGCGGUACAAGGAGUAACACAAGGCAUGGGAAUAACACACCAGGAGGUAUUAGUAAGAGUGUGAGGACUGCUCGCGUGAAUAGGCUUGUUGAAUAUCUACGCAACAGCGCAGAUGCGGACAGUAUUGAGCAGCUGGAUAUUCAUCUCAAGCUUGUCUCAGUGGAUACAAAAUGUAUACCAGAGUUACCGGAGCCAUAUCUCUGUUGCCGACCCACUUUGCUUGUGAAACAGCUCCGCGAAUUUGUGGCACUUAAGAUGAAUUUGAAGACUGAAGAGAUUGAAUUGUUGGGAACAAGAGGAGUAGUAGAAGAUAAGGCGACAGAGAACCUUCCUGCAGUGACUUCAGAAGCUUCAGCAGCAGAAACCAAAGAUGAGAUGCAAAGUCUGGAAGACAAUGCAACAUUGUCAAGGCUCAAAGUCGAUUUCUUUUCAAUCCAUGAUCCCCAUUUGAUCAUAUCUUACCGGAAGAAACAAACCGAGUGA